GGCACCGCGGAGCCAGCAUCACCCCUGCCUCUGUCACUCAGCCGCGGGGACCGCCUCCGCUCGCCCUCAGCCCCUCCCGCCCGGACUCCCCUGGCCGCCCCUGCAGAGUGAGCAGGUCAUUCCCUCCCUCCGCAGCCACAGCCGGGCGGCAGGAGCAGCGGGCAGACGAAGCCUCAGAGCCAUGUCAGCUCCCACUGCUGCCUUCGAGGCCCUCAUGAAUGGGGUGACAAGCUGGGAUGUCCCCGAAGAUGCCGUGCCCUGUGAACUACUUCUCGUUGGGGAGGCCGCCUUCCCCGUGAUGGUGAAUGACGCGGGCCAGGUCCUCAUCGCCGCCUCCUCCUACGGCCGGGGCCGCCUGGUGGUGGUGGCUCACGAGGCCUACCUGGUGGAGGCACAGCUGGCACCCUUCCUCAUCAAUGCAGUGGGCUGGCUGUGCGCCUCGCCCGGGGCCCCCGUUGGGAUCCACCCAUCCCUGGCAGCUUUGGCUCAAAUCCUUGGGGGCUCCAACGUGGAGAGCAAGAUAGAGCCAGAGGUCAAAGACUCCCUGGGGGUUUACUGCAUCGAUGCCUACAACGAGACCAUGACGGAGAAGCUGGUCCAGUUUGUGAAGCGGGGAGGGGGGCUGCUCAUCGGGGGCCAAGCCUGGGACUGGGCCAACCAGGGCGAGGAUGAGCGGGUCCUGUUCACCUUCCCUGGGAACCUGGUCACUAGUGUCGCGGGCGUGUACUUCACCGACAACAAGGGCGACACCAGUUUCUUCAAGGUCUCCAAGAAGAUGCCGAAGACCCCGGUCUUAGUCAGUUGUGAGGACGACCUCUCCGAGGACAGGGAGGAGCUCCUGCGAGGCAUCUCAGAGCUGGACAUCACCAACACAGACUGCUUCCCGUCGCAGCUGCUGGUGCACGGCGCGCUGGCCUUCCCGCUGGGGCUGGACUCCUACCACGGCUGCGUCAUUGCAGCUGCCCGCUAUGGCCAGGGCCGCGUGGUGGUGGCCGGUCACAAGGCGCUGCUCGGCGCCAGCAAGCUGAGCCCCUUCCUGCUCAACGCCGUGCGCUGGCUAGACGCGAACCGCCGCGGCAAGAUCCUGGUGCACCCGGAGCUGCGCGCGCUCAGCGCCCAGCUGGCGGCAGGGGGCGUGGACACCACCUUGGAGCCACAGCUGAGCAGCGAUGCCAGCGUCUACUGCUUCGAGGCCGGGAACAGCGAGGUGGACGUCAAAGAGGUGCAGGAGUUCGUGGCCGAGGGCGGGGGCCUCUUUGUGGGCGCCCAGGCCUGGUGGUGGGCCUUCAAGAACCCGGGCGUGUCCCCGAUGGCCAAGUUCCCCGGGAACCUGCUCCUCAACCCCUUCGGCAUCAGCAUCACCAGCCAGAGCCUGAACCCGGGGCCCUUCCGCACCCCGAAAGCCAGCAUCCGGACCUACCACUUCCGGUCCACGCUGGCCGAGUUCCAGGUCAUCAUGGGCCGCAAGCGUGGCAACGUGGAGAAGGGCUGGCUGGCCAAGCUGGGCCCCGACGGCGCCGCCUUCCUGCAGAUCCCGGCCGACGAUGUCCCCACCUACACCUCAGUGCACCGGCUCCUGCGGAAGCUGCUCAGCCGCUACCGCCUACCCGUGGCCACGCGUGAGAACCCGGUCAUCAAUGACUGCUGCCGGGGCGCGAUGCUUUCCCUGGCCACCGGGCUGGCCCAUUCAGGCUGUGACCUGGCCCUGCUCAUCCCGGAAAUCGACGACGUCUAUAGCUGCCCCUACCUGCGCCCCUCAGAGUCCCCCAUCACCGUGGAGGUCAACUGCACUAACCCGGGCACCAGGUACUGCUGGGUCAGCACCGGACUCUACAUCCCUUCCCGGCAGAUCAUCGAGGUCUCCCUGCCUGAGGCAGCCACCUCCGCAGACCUGAAGUUCCAGAUCGGCUGCCACACGGAUGACCUGACCAGGGCCAGCAAGCUGUUCCGCGCCCCCCUCGUCAUCAACCGCUGCUGCCUGGAUAAGCCGACCAAGUCCACCACCUGCCUGUGGGGCGGGCUGCUCUACAUCAUUGUGCCCCAGAGCUGCAAGCUGGGCCCCGUGCCCAUCACUGUCAGGGGGGCCGUGCACGCCCCCUGCUACAAGCUGGGGGAGACGACCCAAGAGGAAUGGAAGAGGCGCCUGCAGGAGAACCCGGGGCCCUGGGGGGAGCUGGCGACAGACAACAUCAUCCUGACAUUGCCCACAGCCAACCUGCGCACCCUGGAGAACCCCGAACCCCUGCUGCGCCUCUGGGAUGAGGUGAUGGCGGCCGUGGCCAGGCUGGGCGCCGAGCCCUUCCCCCUCCGCCUGCCACAGAGGAUCGUGGCUGAUGUACAGAUCUCAGUGGGCUGGAUGCACGCCGGAUACCCCAUCAUGUGCCACCUAGAGUCGGUGCAGGAGCUCAUCAGCGAGAAGCUCAUCCGGACCAAGGGGCUGUGGGGUCCGGUGCACGAGCUGGGCCGCAACCAGCAGCGGCAGGAGUGGGACUUGCCCCCGCACACCACGGAGGCCGCCUGCAACCUGUGGUGUGUGUACGUGCACGAGACCGUGCUGGGCAUCCCCCGGGCCCGUGCGAACAUCGCCCUGUGGCCCCCGGUCCGCGAGAAGAGGGUCCGGAUCUACCUGAGCAAGGGGCCCAAUCUGAAGAAUUGGAAUGGUUGGACAGCCCUGGAGACAUAUCUGCAGCUGCAGGAGGCCUUUGGUUGGGAGCCGUUCAUCCGCCUGUUCACCGAGUACAGGAACCAGACCGACCUGCCCACAGACAACGUGGGCAAGAUGAGCCUGUGGGUGAAGACGUUCUCCCAGCAAGUGCAGAAGAACCUGGUGCCCUUCUUUGAAGCGUGGGCCUGGCCCAUCCAGAAGGAAGUGGCCACCAGCCUGGCCUACCUGCCGGAGUGGAAGGAAAAUAUAAUGAAAUUGUACCUGCUCACCCAGAUGCCCCACUGAAAUGGAAGUCAAGACAGCGCAGCACAAACACAAGUGUCUCAGCAGAGAAAACGGAGGAGAGAGCGUGGGUGGAGUAUGAUGGCCAUUGAACCGGAGGAGAUGUCUUUCAGCCAGAAUCUUAGCUCAUCUGAACACUGUUGCCCAGACAGCCUUGCGAUCCCCAAAACCCUGUCCACUGAAGAGAUAUGCCAGUUGGUCAUUGGCAUUCCCAUUCUUCCCCCACUCAUGUGCGCACAGGACGGGCAGCCUGCUAUCGGUGCCAGUCAACAUGUUCUUGUUUCCUAACAACGAAAUGGAAUGAAGAGCCUGAGAAGAGGUAGGAGUUGGCACUCCAGAAUAAAAGUCCGAUUUUUUUUCAUGACGUUAA